UUCUUCAAAGCCAGCAUGCAUUCAGUUCAGACACUCCUCGUCCUUCUCCUGGCAGUGGCCAUGGGCGUGCAGGCCUCCCGGCUGCCCGCGGAUGUCGGCUCCCAUCCAUAUGCCAUCUCCCUGCAGCGCAAUGGAGCCCAUAUCGCCGGCGGUGCUCUGAUCAGCCAGCGAUGGGCUCUGACCGCCGCCCACUGUGUGACCGUGGGUGGGGGUCAGGAAAGCUAUCCCGCCCGCACAUUCCUCGUCCGCGCUGGCAGUAUUCAGCGCCUUGUUGGGGGCCAGCUGGUGGCCCUCUCUAGGAUCGUGGUGCAUAGCGACUACUCCAGCGGCGGCGCUGGUGCCAACGAUCUGGCCCUCUUGGAGCUGGCCUCCCCAUUGACCCUUAACGCCAACACCCAGCCCAUUGGGCUGGCCAGCGAGCGUCCUGCCGUGGGCUCCCAGAUCACCUUCGCCGGCUGGGGAGCGUCACAGCCCGACGGAGCGCUCAGUCACGGCCUGCAGGUGGCCACCAGGCAGUCGAUCAGUGCCGAUGCGUGCCAGGAGUCCUUGUUCCUCAGUCAGCAAGAUCUUCUCUGCCUGGUACCCGAAACGGAUGACGUGGAGAGCUCUGGUCUCUGCACCGGCGACGCCGGAUCCCCGGCUGUCUACAACAACCAAUUGGUGGGCAUUGCCGCCUUCUUUGUCAGCAGCUGCGGCACCGAGCAGCCCGAUGGCUACGUGGAUGUGACCCAGCACCUCGACUGGAUAGCCGAGAACAGUGCUUGAAUAAAACCAAUCAAAAACUCUCAAAAUUUGUUCAAGUCUUCUCUCUAA